AUGGCCGAAGGACUAGCUCCUGAGGAGCGCCUUGCUCUCAUCAAGGAGAAUCUGCAAGAAGUUCUCAAGCCUGAGAUCAUAGACAACAUCAUACUCACAGAACAACGCCCACUCAAGAUUUACUGGGGAACUGCUACCACCGGUCGACCACAUUGCGGCUAUUUCAUAUGUAUAGUAAAAAUUGCACAUUUCCUGAAAGCCGGCUGCAAUGUCAAGCUCCUCCUUGCGGACAUACAUGGUUUUCUUGACAACCUGAAAGCUCCCUUUGAGCUUGUUCAAUUUCGUGCGGAAUACUACAGGCGAUUGAUAGUAUCAAUGCUCAAGUCAGCCAAGGUACCAAUAGAAAAGCUUGAAUUUGUCACUGGUAGUGAUUAUCAGCUAUCGUCGAAAUAUUCCAUGGACCUUCUUCGUAUGAGCGCUGUCUGUACGGAACACGACUCGAAGAAGGCUGGGGCAGAAGUUGUAAAGCAGGUGGAUAAUCCCUUGUUGUCAGGCCUCAUCUAUCCACUCAUGCAAGCAUUGGAUGAAGAAUAUCUGGGUGUGGACGUGCAAUUCGGUGGUGUGGACCAGCGCAAGAUCUUCACGUUGGCUGCGGAGCAGCUUCCGAAACUUGGGUACAAGGAAAGAGCACAUCUGUUGAAUCCCAUGGUCCCAGGUCUGGCUGGUGGCAAGAUGUCAAGUUCAGAGCCCGACAGCAAAAUUGACGUCUUAGAUUCUCCAGAUGUGGUAAGAAGGAAGUUGAAAAAAGCACAUGCCGCGCCAAAAGAAGUAGAGGGCAACGGUGUCAUAAGUUUCGUCGAACAUGUUGUACUCCCGGUCAGCCGACUCCAGGGAGAUGGGCAGGGGAAGUUUGUUGUCGAGAGGAAGGAUCAAGAGCCCCUAAUCUAUAGUAACAUCGCAAAAGUAAAAGAAGAUUACCUUGCUGACAUCUUGACACCACAAACCCUCAAACCCGCGGUGGCAAACGCUUUGCUUGACCUACUGGCACCAAUACAAGAGGAGUUUAAAUCGUCACAAGAGUGGCAAAGUAUCGAGCAGAAGGCCUAUCCGCCUCCAGAAGUCAAAAAGAAGGAAAAGAAAGCCAAAAAGCUUGGCACAAGGUUCCCCGGCGGUGCAAGAGGAAUCGAAGCCAAGGCAGAUGGACACGUCGAAGGUAAAGGUAAAACUGAAGUAGACCUAACAACGAGUUCUGCGCAGGCGAUGCAGAAACUAGCGAUCAGAUCUGACGAAGCUACACCGAGCACAUGA